GUAAACCUAACGCUCCGAGACGACUCGCGCGACCAAAUGAUGGUUACAUAGUGUUUAUUAGCAGCAGCUUCUCGUUUUGGAGGACUAUGUAAACAGUGAGAGUGUUAGCUGAGCCCUGUGGUAUCCGGGUUGUCCAGGAUGGCGUGCCCGACACACUUCCUCUGCAAGGCGCUGCGCACUGUGGGUCUGGUGCUUUUCUACUAUGCGUUUUCUAUUGGCAUAACCUUCUACAACAAAUGGCUCAUGAAGGACUUCCACUUUCCUCUUUUUAUGACCCUGGUCCAUCUCACUAUAAUAUUCUGUUUAUCCACACUGACACGCUCUGCUAUGCAGUGCUGGACAGGAAAGCCUCGAGUUACUCUUCCCUGGAAGGUCUACCUUUCUAAAGUAGCCCCUACAGCCCUGGCGACAACGUUGGAUAUUGGACUGUCCAACUGGAGUUUCCUUUUCAUCACUAUUAGUUUGUACACCAUGACCAAGUCUUCAGCUGUUCUUUUCAUUCUGUUUUUCUCCUUGCUAUUCAAACUGGAGGAGCCGAAUCCAUUCCUGAUCCUGGUGGUUGUCCUGAUUUCCAGUGGUCUCUUCAUGUUUACUCUCAAGUCCACUCAGUUUAACCUGGAGGGUUUCAUCAUGGUCCUGUUAGCCUCUUUUAUCGGAGGAAUCCGCUGGACUCUCACUCAGUUGCUCAUGCAGAAAGCAGAGCUUGGUCUUCAGAACCCCAUAGACACCAUGUACCAUCUGCAGCCCCUCAUGUUCCUGGGCCUAUUUCCCCUGUUUCUUCUUAAUGAGGGACUGAGUGUGAGCACCACAGAAAAGCUGUUCAGGGUCAGUGAGCUCUCUCACCUGCUGUACUCUUUAGUCACUCUGUCUGUGGGUGGCAUGCUGGCGUUCGGGCUCGGCUUCUCUGAGUUCCUGCUGGUGUCACGCACGUCCAGUCUUACACUGUCCAUUGCAGGCAUUUUUAAGGAGGUGUGCACUCUGCUGCUGGCAGUGGAGUUCUUGGGGGAUAAAAUGAGCACAGUCAACUGGCUUGGUUUUGCUGUGUGCCUGUCUGGGAUAUCACUUCAUAUUGGCCUAAAAACAUACCGUAACAAAGUAGGAAAUGGCCCCAUGGUAAGACACCUACCAGUCAGGGAGAACCCACACCUUGAGCUUCCACUUCUGCAAACAAAAGAUGACUACUGUGAAGACACAAAUGACGAAGAGGAGCAUGAGAUUCUCUAUUAGUCUGAGGAAGAAAUGAGUGUCCUGAAUGGGCACAUGGAAUAGUCUUCUUUAAAGACUCAUAUCAGUGCUCCCAUUGAACACAGGUACUGAACAAGCUCCAGAAUAUAUGAGAAUGAACUCAAAAAGAUAUUGAAGAGCUAAUAUGUUUUAUAGUUCGUCUCUGUGUGAUAAUGAGAGAACAGAGAAAUGCUCUUGGGAAAAGAGAACUCUAAAAGGAAGUGAGUUCAUCCUAACAUCGUCAUCCAUAUCCAGGAGUUCAUCCAUAGAAUGAAAGUGGAUGGGGAAACGACCUGCUAAGGUAUAAAAAAAAGGACCAUAUAUGUAGACCGACUGACUUGUGCACAAUAUUAAAGGUAUUUUGAUGCCAUAUGAUAGACAAGGAGUUCUGUCAUAAAGGUUUUAGGAGAAAGAGAGAAUUGACAUUAUGUAAAAAAAUGCCUUCAACCAUGCUUAUGGCGUCAGUUGCAUAACAGGAUGAGUCUUAAGUGGCCUUACGAUUCAAACUUUUUCAAAUUAAAUAUCAGGUCAGUUAUCAGUCGCUCACAAUAAUUUGUUUUCUAAUUUUGACUUAGAGAAUAUGAGUAAAUUACUUUGUUUUUAAUAAAAAGAAGAAACUCUCCUGUG